ACUCGCGCGUCGCGCCUCACAAUAACACCACGAUCGAACGACCGACGCCCGCGCACGGUGUCGUAUUACCGCUCUAAAUAUAUCCCGCGAGCGCGAUCGCCUAUUUGGAUACGCUCGCGCAGCGUGUUUUUGAACCUGUGAUUGACAGUGCGGAGUGAAGACAUAUAAUCACUAGCUCAUCAUCCAAUAUGGCACAGUUACUAACUGUGCGGCUGAAUAAGUCCGAUCAGCAGCCAUUGGGUUUUCGGCUCCAGGGCGGCAAAGACUUCGGAACGCCUCUCAUUGUUCAAAAGGUGAAUGGAGGCAGCGCCGCGGAACGCGCGGGUCUUCAAGCGGGCGACGCGCUAAUCCGCGUCAACAACACCGAAGUCUACAACUUGCGACACCAGGAGGCGCAGGAUGCUAUCCGUGCCUCCGGGGGCGCCCUCGAGCUCACCGUACAGCGCGGUGGUAGCACAUGGCGCCCCACGGUGACACCGACUGGCAGUCUACCGCGUCCCGGCUCGCGGCCGCUCGGCGGCGCCCUUGCGCCUGUCACUACCACGUCGCUAAAAGCAACACCGCAGCCCUCGCGCAGUUUUGGAUCUGGGCACAACAGCGUCGCCAAACCUUUUGGCUACAUGAACGGCAAUGACUCGAUGAAAAGUGUUGUAAAUAAACAAUACAACUCGCCGGUGAACAUGUACAGCGACAAGAGCAUUGCCGAGACGCUAUCUGCGCAAACCGAAGUGCUGGCUGGCGGCGUGCUUGGAGUAAAUUUCAAAAAGAAUGAGAAGACAUAUGAUGCGGAAAAGAGCGCUGUAUUCAAGGUUUUGCAGGAGGAACAAAACGAUCCCGAGCCAGUAGAGGCAAGCGGAACGACCGUUCCACCGGCGCCGGUGAGCGGGCUGCGGCACGUGGCCGCUCCGGUCACGAAGCCCGACGCGCCGCUCAACACGGGCGGCUUGCCCCCCGGCCAGAACAUUUGCGAGGACUGCGAAAGGCUCAUUACCGGUGUGUUCGUGCGCAUCAAGGACAAGAACUUGCAUGUGGAGUGCUUCAAAUGCUCUACGUGCGGUUCGUCGCUGAAGAACCAGGGCUACUACAACCUGAACGGCAAGCUGUACUGCGACAUCCACGCGAAGCUCGUGGCGCGCCAGAACCCGCCUGCACCUAACCUCGAGCCUGUCACCGUGCCGCCUGGUAGCCGAAUUCCAACAAAUACGUAUUCAACACCUUUGCCUCCACUUGCCACCAACAACUACACUAACGGCUCGUCUUCUAUGUUCAGCCCUUCGAGCAACUUAUCGAGUUCGGGCCCAAAGCCGUUUGGUUCGUCGCUGGGUUCGACGUACUCGCCGUCGCUGUCGCCGCGCUCGGCGCCCAUGUCGCCGGCACGGCCCGCCGCCGCCCCCGCACCCGCCCCCGCACCCGCGCCCUUCGCGCCCAAGGGCCCAGGUUCCAUUUUUAAAGGUUCCAGUGUAGGAGCUGCCUCUCGAGGCAAAACUUUCGGUGUUUCGUCGGCACCAAAACGAGGCAGGGGAGUUUUGAACAAAGCAGUACUACCAGGCUCUCGCAUACCUCUUUGCGCAUCCUGCAACGGAAACAUUAGGGGACCAUUCAUAACGGCUUUAGGACGCAUUUGGUGUCCAGAGCACUUCAUUUGCGUAAACGCUACAUGUCGUCGUCAACUUCAAGACAUUGGAUUUGUAGAAGAAAAUGGUCAACUGUACUGCGAAUUUUGUUUCGAACAAUACAUCGCUCCCGCUUGCGAUAAAUGCCACGCAAAGAUCAAGGGUGAUUGCUUGAAUGCUAUUGGAAAACAUUUCCACCCCGAGUGCUUCAACUGUGUAUAUUGCGGCAAGUUAUUCGGUAACAAUCCGUUCUUCUUAGAGGACGGUUUGCCAUAUUGUGAAGCAGACUGGAACGAGCUGUUUACUACAAAAUGUUUUGCUUGCGGGUUCCCCGUGGAGGCUGGCGACAGGUGGGUCGAGGCGCUCAACAAUAACUACCACAGUCAGUGCUUCAACUGCACGGUGUGCAAGAAGAACCUCGAAGGACAAAGCUUCUUCGCCAGAGGAGGCCGCCCAUACUGCAGGAUACAUGCCCGCUAGUGACCCCCAGCGGAUAAUAUAUAACUCUGACACUGUUUACUCUACUACCGUUUUUCGACCAGUCUCUCUUUCCCCAUCUACAUUUUCCGACACCGACAACCACCCACCACAAAGAACAAGGAAGUUGGAAACGCCCCUCCACUUCGAUGGAGGAUUGUUUUCUGACAUACGAAGUUCAGACGGCAAGUUACUAAGCAAAGUGACAGUUGAUCGAGUACAUAGCUCAACACGUUGUGACGUCAUCGACUCCCCUGGUAUAACGGAAACUAUUAACAUAAACGGCAAUAAGGACUAUGUUGAUGACAUUGUUAAAACUGAGACGAUUACAAAUGAAGAUGUUAUUAAAGUAAAAUUUACGCCAGUUCUUCCAGAGCUUGAGGGUCCACAUUUGACACCAAAACAGACAUUAAAUCGACAAAUAACUACAGUGAAACUUAUUGAUAAUAACUUUGAAGACUUACAGAGUUAUAAAAUAGUAAACUCGUUGUUUAAAGAAAAUUCGAACAACAACUCGAAUAAUUUAGAUAUUAAGCAAAAAACCGUAGACAAUAUUGGUGUGGAGGUCGAUGGGUCAAAAAAAAGAGCACAUAGUCCUCUGGCGAAUUUCCUUGUUUCAGAACAAUUAACUAAAAUUGAUAAUUACUUGCAAGAAAGUUUAAAUGUUUGCUCUGAAAGUAGUUUAAACGAAAAUUCAAAAUCAGUUACAGAAGUUGCAAAAAGAGAGACAAAAUUGAUACACGAAGAAUUACAACAAACAAAAAUUGACAAAGAAAUACAAUCUUAUUCCGAAAACAGUUUAGAUAAAGUUUUAAAUAGUGACGGUGAUGCACAAAAAACUAAUUGUCAUGUACAGGAAUUAUCAAAUACAUCUUCUUCAAUUGACACGAUUCCAGAAAAGAGCAAAACAAGAUUAAACAGUGUCAAAGGAAAACAGCUGGGAAUUAUAAGCGCUAUAUACAAUAUGCCAAUGCAUUAUCAUGCCGCAAUCCUUUGUUUCUUAUUAAUUGUAUAUAACCUUAUUUAUCAGUAUAUAAAACAAAACUGUUACGGCUAUAAGAAAUAAAGAAAAAUAAUCGCUUCGAAAAUUUUAUAUCCAUGUAUUAAAUAAACUAGUCACGGAAUAAUAAUCAAAGAAAUUUCAAAUUACGUUUGAAAAGUUUUGUUAUAGUAUUCCCUAAUAUUAGAAGUUGACUUCAUGAUGUAAAUAAUAAACAGGUGUUAUAUAUAGUCCCCUGUACGGGGCAUGUAUGAGGGAGGAGAAAACGGCGGCCCACGCGUUGCUGGCACGUACGAAGAUCGCUGCAUGCAAGGCUAAAUAUAUCGAUACGCCGGGAUCACCCUCCGAAGUUACUCGCAACAUCAAAGGACUGCUGAACAUCUUCGACGAGAUUUCAUGGCUAGAAUAAUCGUAAUAUUAGUUGCGGAAAAUAACCAGUCGUAAUCUAAUCACGAGACUUAACGCCACUGAAAAUCUAAUUACUGGGCGUAAGUAUCUGCCAAAUAACACUAUGACAAUGGCACAACUGGUUAAUAUGGAAACAAAUCUAUAAACCCAAUGACUCGUAAAAAAUACAACCACUUGUUUAGGCUGUUCUUACUCACCCAUCGUACUCCCCAGACAUUAUUUAUUUCUACCACCAAUUGCAUUCUAAAAAUUACAAAUGAAGACCAUUUUAAAAGUGAUCUAGGUACCUUUUUACUGGACGGAACGGAGGUGAGGAGUGAGAGAUUGUUUGUUUCUUUGUUUGUGUGUGCAAACGAAUGUUCCCAUUUAUCUCCAAUACGGUUUGACCGAUUGAGAUACGGUUUUCUGUAAGGGGUUUGUGAUCCAUUGGCGAUGCUUUUUAGAUAGGUGUUAUGGUGCUAGCUCACCAAGGGGCGCUGCAAUAAGCAUAUUUAUGCAAACGAAUGUUCCCACUUAUAUACAAAACCGUUUAACCGAUUUAGAUGCAGUUACUGUAAAGGGCUUUUGACUCAUCGACGAUGGUUCUUAGAUAGUUUUUAUGGUAUUAGUUUACCAGGCGCCGCUGCAAUAAGCAUAUUUGUUCAAACUAAUGAUCCUAUUUACCUCCAAUACGGUUUAACCGAUUGAGAUGCGGUUUUCUUUAAAAGGUUUGUGAUUCAUCGGCGAUGGUUCUUCUAUAGGUGUUAUGGUGAUAACUUGCCAGAAGGCGCUGCAAUAAACAUAUUUGCGCAAAUUAAUGUUCCCAUUUAUCUCCAAAACGGUUUGACUGAUAUAGAUACAGUUUUCUAUAAAGGGUUUUUUCAUCAGCAAUGGUUUUUAGAUAGUUGUUAUGGUGUUAACUUGCCAGGGAGUGCUCCAAUAGACAUAUUUUAUUCAUUUUGGCGAAUUUUUCUCCGAGACGGCUUUACCAAUUUAGAUGGUAAAGUAAUCGCUAUGUUAAUGCCAUAAUAACAGAUCUAGAUCAAAGACAUCUUUGUGGCCUUUCUUCGGCUUCCUCGAUUUGUGACCCGCGCAAUGUGCUUCUCAAUCGCUCUAACACUUCCAACGCUAUGCUAUUACGUGGAUUUUUGAAGAGUUUUCUUUGAUUCAGAUCGGUUACUACUACCUACACCAUCUAAAGAUUGUACUGCAGUAAAAGUCACACAUAAGCUUACUCUUUAGCAAAUGUUUUGGGACAAAACAAAUUAAUCAUCUAUAAAUUCUUUAUUGUACAUCAAAACACAUUAAAACGAAAACAAAAUUAAAUAAACUAUAUAGAAGGUAC